AUUUUGAAUCCAGAUUUUUUAAAAACUUUUUCUCUCAGGCAGGUGCAGGACGUCCUAACCCCGGGGUCCUAACUGACACUCACAUUUUCAAGAUGGCGGCCUCCCUCUCGGGUUUAUUAAAACCUUGGACACCGAGAGUGUUCCUGGUGAGAUGGAGCCGAUACAACCCUUACUACCUGGAGCCAGAGGUCAGGAAGGAGGCCUACAGCCAGCCAGAGUCAGAGCUGAGCGCUGAGGAGAAAGAGCAGCGAGAGCUCAAAAUGAUCCGACCCAUAAAGGCAGCAGCCAGUGGAGUCACCAGCUCUGUCUUCAGCGACCCAGUCCUCAGUAAAUUCAUCAACAUGAUGAUGGAACAUGGAAACAAGGUUUUAGCCAGAGAGAUCAUGACACAGACGCUGGAGAACAUAAAGAAGAAACAAGUGGAGAAGUACCACAAAGCUCCAGAGGGGCAGAAAGAAGAGAUCGAGUGUAACCCCUACACCAUCUUUCAUCAGGCUCUGAAGAACUGUCAGCCUGUCGUCGGGCUGGAGAGCAUCCGGAAAGGUGGAAAGAUUUACCAGGUGCCCAUCCCGCUUUCAGACAAGCGACGCAGCUUCCUCGCCAUGAAGUGGUUGAUCACGGAGUGCAGGGACAACAAACACAGACGCACGCACAUGUAUGAAAAACUCUCCCAGGAAGUGAUGUCUGCUUUCGUCCACGAGGGCAACGUUAUCAGGAAGAAGAACGAGCUGCACAAGAUGGCGGAGUCCAACAGAGCGUACGCCCACUACCGCUGGUGGUAGAAGGAAAGCUCUCAGGACUGGACAGACGUCGUGUUGGUCAAACACGGCUGCGGCUGCUCAAAGUGCGACUGUAAAUAGUGAACAACAUAAAAACCUUUGGGUGUAAGGACUACGUUGUAAGAAGUGCUGUUGGAGAGAUGAAACAUGCAUAAAGGAGAAUGGCUUAUCGUGACUUUUUGUAUUGAGAACAUUAUGUCAUGUAUCAUAAAUAACCGUGCUUUUAAAUUGUAUUUAUAAUGAAUACAAAAUAAACUGAAAUAAGAAAAAAACUCCAAAGAUUUAUUAGAACAAAUAACUUUGCAUUUAAUAUACAACCCAACCAUAAAAAAAUGGAACCGAGUGAAGUAAAAGUGUUGCAAAUAGAUCCGUUAUAUUGCAGUCAGGUCUGUCGGCUGUCAUUAAGGGACUGGAAAUUCUACAACAUUCAAACCUAGUUCUUCCUAAUUGCACUAAAUCCUUAUUUAACUUUUUACAAUUAGUUUAUUACACAAACCUGUUUUUCCUCAACGUGUUUAAUUUGGCCUGAAAGUGGUGACAAACACCGAAGCUGCAUCUUUAAAUCUUCCAGCACUGAAGCAGAAAAAGGGGAUUUGGGGAACUUUCAAUUCAACUUAACUGCAUAUUUAACAUUAAGAAUAUCUUGACUUGUCGGACUACCUUUAAGCCAAUUAUGCAUUUAGCUUGACUCGUUUACUUUCUGCAGGUAAAAGUUGUCAAGAUUACGAAAUGAACAAGAGCUCAUGUUUGAACAGCGGGGCGUUGAGUGGAUAUUUUUGACUCCAAGGCACAGCUUUGGUUGAAGACCUUGAAGCCGUCACUGAGUGAGUUCAGCUACAUCGUGUUGCUAGCGCUGAUGGAUUUAUGUGAAAAACACUUUUCUACCAGCUUCAUACUCAGAACUGACCUGCAAAUAUAUAAACGGGGGAAAAUAUGUUCUCCUCUAGCACCUCGAGUACAAAUGAACAGUUCAGACUCUGAGUCGUCUGCAGCGGACGAUGCUGUUCAUGAUUUGUUGGCACAACUUCUUAAAACAUAAAUUGUGAAUCCAGAAAUGUAUGAAAGAUCUGACUGAUGUAUCUGUAGAAAAACGGUUCAAAUGUUAAGUAUAACCAAUCUUUUGGUUUUUCAUUCCUAAGUUGUAACAAAAUUUCUAAGAAAGAAAAUAAAAAGGAAAAUCCCUGAUUUAAGACAGUACUUCAUAUGAAUAAACAGUAACUGGAAAAAGUCGGCAGAACUGCAAUUCAAACCUUCAGUCAAAUUGGAAUUCUACGCUAAACUAUCUAAAUUAUUAAAAUACUUUCUGAUUAAUUUAAAUGUAACAAUAAUAAAACUAAAGCAAAGACCAAAUCUGACUGGAAUGUCUCCUCCAACGCCUUUGGAUUUGGUAAACUUAAGUUGAAAUGUUCUCUGAAAACAGGAAUGCUAGAAAGAUUAGAAACAUAAUAAACACCUUCAGCUCCUCCAGCUGGAUUCAAACUUGAAACAAAGUGUACCUGAAUGUGGCUAAACCUCGCUGAGUGAACUCAUGACCUAUUGCACAUUCCACAUCCAGGACACCGUGUCUCAGUAAUAUUAUGAAACGCAGCAACAACCCAGCAAAAUCAAACUCUUUUUACACGUGAUGACCUGUCAUCUUCUCCACUGAUUACCUGGAAGAUGACGCUGCCUAUUUGCUGGUUUUAUAAUCAGGUGUGACUCAUGAUGUGUCCAAGGUGCUUGACGGUUCUGAUGGUCAGCUCCUGGCCACCGUCCUAGUCGCUGAUUUCACUGUAGUAGUACUUGUGGGCGGUGCUGCUGAGCAUCCAGCCUCCGGCCCUGAACUCCAGGAUCUCCAGCAGCAGCAGACGGGCCAUGGAGGAGAGGCCCUCCUGGAGCAAGAAGCCGUCCCGCAGCAGGAAGAACAGUUCAUCCAUCCGCUGGUUGUUCACCUUCUCCAGCUGCUCUCCGAUGCGAUGCAGCUGCAGCACCAGGCAGUCGACCUGCAGAGGGAGGAGGAGGAGAGACGAGGCUUCAUUCAAAGUUUUCUAUAUUGAAAUGAGACAAUGUUGAUUGAAACUGAAAGAAAAAUAUCCUUUUAGUAUCAUGUACAGCUGUGGAACCAAGUAAAUAUAUUACUGAUUGCAUCGAAGGUCUUCGUGUGAGCAGCUGAGUGGAUUUCCUCACACAUCUUAGGAUUUACAACAUUACAAACCAAAUAGUUUGACUUCUUUUGCUUUUAAUGCAACACAUAUUCAGGUACGCUUUGCUGCCUUGUACUGAAAAAUAGAUACUCAACCUUUUUAAUUCAAUUCAAUUUUAUUUAUAUAGCGCCAAUUAUAGGUCAAAUUGUCUCAAGAUGCUUUACAGAACCCUCUAACAGGUUAGGACGAAAGAUGAAGACAAAGGUGAAGACAAUAUUACAGGAACAUAAAAACUCUAACUUCCACACUGAUAAACUGUUUUUAUCCCAGAGCUCUCCAAUCCAUUUCCCCUGCACACACAAACAGACACACUAUGUGCAAUAAAGAACUGAGUCUUACACUGUAAAACCUGUCUCACUGCUCAUUUUGCACCGAUCCUGUUUACAUAUUUACAUCCUCUGAGUGUUUUUUUUUUUUUUUGUAUAUAGUGUGAAUUUUUCAAUUUUUUAUCCAUUGCUGGUAUCAAAAUUUCGCUGUGAAAACAUGACAAUAAAGAUGCUUGAUUCUUGA